AUGGCCAGCCUUCCGAAGGAACGGUUUCUGAAUUCUCGUGCCUUUGCAAUAAGCGGAGUGGACUACUGCGGGCCGUUCUACUAUAAAUCUGAAGUUCGGAACAGACCCCCAAUCAAAUGCUACAUCAGCGUAUUCAUCUGCUUUGCUAGCAAGGCUAUUCAUCUGGAGUUGGUGAAGGAUUUGACAACUGCCGCCUUUCUGGGAGCGCUAAAAGAUUCGUGUCACUUCGUGGGAGGCCUAAUCAGAUUUGGAGUCAGUUCAUCGGUGUGCCUGAUGGACAACAUCGAGUGGAAGUUUAUUCCUCCUCGUUCCCCACAUUUUGGUGGACUAUGGGAAGCAGCAGUCAAGAGCGCAAAGCACCAUCUGUAUCGCUCUGUUGGUCGCUCUAUUCUCAACUACGAUGAGCUUCGCACGCUGGUUUGCCAAAUAGCGGCAAUAAUUAAUAGUCGUCCAUUGCUAUCCAUUUCAGAGAGUCCUGACGAUUUGGAUGUGCUGACUCCCGCUCAUCUAUUGUUUGGUGGUCCUCCAACCGUGAUUCUGGAGCCCGACCUAACUAUGCUGGACUACAAUCGGUUGGAUGGUUGGCAGCGUGUCACUAAGUUGCAGCAGGUCUUCUGGAAUAGAUGGCGGGAGGAGUAUCUGACUCUUCUCCAGCAAAGAUCGAAGUGGCGCACUCCUGAUCGUCGUCUCCAAGUCAACGACUUGGUCUUGGUGAAGGACGAAAAUUUGCCUCCUAUUCGGUGGCCGCUAGCCCGUGUCAUGGCGCUUAUCCCUGGCAAGGACGGCGAGUGUCGAGUUGCCGACUUAAAGACGUCGUGUGGCAGCACCCGGAGAGCCAUAAAUAAACUAUGUCUACUGCCCCUGAAGGAUGAUGUUGAAAGAUAG